UUAGAUAAAGUUUGUUUUUUGUUUUUAGACGUAUUUACUUUCUGUACUUUUGUUUUGUGGACCAGUUUUUUUUUCAUUAAAAAUAGUCCCAACACAUUAAAAGCAACGUGUUUGAAAUCGUGAGAAAUGAACAUGAAAUAAAGAAAUGGGUAUCGGAAUCGGAGUUGCGAACAGAAGCAAAUAACGUAAUGCAACGUAUGUUUUUGAAUAAGCAACUCUUCAGUCAUACUUGCAUCCCAGUCUUCGUUUCGAACAAACAAAAUUGGUGAAAACUUAAUGGUCGAAAGUUGUUGUUAAGCUAAGUACUCUUCAUUAAUCUUUGUAAACAGCGUAGCCUUAAAAUUUGCAAGUUGGAUUGAAAUCAGUAGGUGGUUGAGAGCUGGACAAGGAAUAUGAGGAAUAAGAUAUACAAGCUAAUUCGUUGCUAAAUAAUUGCUCUUCAAACUGUUUUGUUAUUGAACCAGUUACUGGUUAUAAAUAUCUUGGAAUAAACAUUGACAGUAAAAUGGACUGGAAAAUUCACACUCAAGCAUAAAACCUACUUUCAACCACUUAUAUCUUGUUUCAUUUGGAUAAACUAUGUUGUAGAAAAUAUAUGGAAACUAUUUACUAUAUUGGUAACAAAAUAGACACUAUCAUCUUCCAGGAUGUAUGGGCUACUCUUAGAAAAUUUAUCGGAAUAUAUAAAGUCCGUUUAUGGAGAGGAAAAAUGGGAAGACAUUCGUCGACAAGCUGGCAUUGAUUCCCCGUCAUUUAGUGUACAUCAAGUUUAUCCAGAAAAUUUACUAAAUAAAUUGGCGAAAAAAGCCCAGCAAGUUCUAGGGGUAUCAGAACGUGAAUUCAUGGACCAAAUGGGAGUUUAUUUCGUCGGUUUUGUCGGGCAGUAUGGAUACGAUCGAGUAUUAUCCGUUCUUGGUCGACAUAUGAGAGAUUUUCUUAAUGGCUUGGAUAACCUUCAUGAGUACCUUAAAUUCUCCUAUCCGAGAAUGAGAGCACCGUCGUUUAUAUGCGAGAACGAAACAAAACAAGGCUUAACUUUGCAUUACCGUUCAAAAAGACGGGGUUUUGUGUAUUAUACAAUGGGUCAAAUAAGAGAGGUGGCUCGACAUUUCUACCAUAAAGAAAUGCAUAUCGAAUUAGUGCGAGAAGAAAUUCUUUUUGAUACUGUUCAUGUUACAUUUCAACUUACCUUUGACAAUAGGGCGUUUACGCUAGCAUCAUUAGCAAUGACAAGGGAAGAAAAACACCUUCCAAUAAGUGCUCAUGUGUUAUUUGAAAUUUUUCCUUUCUGCAUAGUAUUUGGUUCGGACAUGGUAAUAAGAAGUAUAGGAAAUUCCCUAAUGGUUAUUUUACCGGAGCUGAUAGGAAACAAAAUUACAAAUUGGUUUGAUUUGGUUCGACCGCUAAUUGCCUUUAAAUUCCAAACUAUUUUGAAUAGAACAAACAAUAUUUUUGAGUUAGUAACCGUGGAGCCGGUGCCUGAACGAGUUGAUGUACAGAAAAAAAAAGAAUUAUUAUUCAACGAUGAUGGUAGUGAUUUGGAAAAAACGCUCCGACUAAAAGGUCAAAUGGUGUAUAUGGAUAACUGGAGGAUGAUUAUGUUCUUAGGAACACCAGUAAUGCCAGACUUAACCUCACUAAUAACCACUGGACUGUACAUUAAUGAUUUGUCAAUGCACGAUUUCAGUAGAGAUCUUAUGUUAGCUGGGACCCAACAAUCAGUGGAACUUAAAUUAGCCUUAGAUCAAGAACAACAAAAGUCUAAAAAACUUGAGGAAUCUAUGAAAAAAUUAGAUGAAGAAAUGCGGAGAACUGAUGAGCUACUUUAUCAAAUGAUACCGAAGCAAGUAGCUGACCGUCUUAGAAGAGGAGAAAAUCCAAUAGAUACUUGUGAAAUGUUUGAUAGUGUGUCUAUACUUUUUUCUGAUGUUGUUACGUUUACUGAAAUUUGUAGCAGAAUAACUCCUAUGGAAGUUGUUUCAAUGCUUAAUGCUAUGUAUUCCAUAUUUGACACACUCACUGAAAAUAACAACGUUUACAAAGUUGAGACUAUUGGUGACGCUUAUAUGGUGGUCUCAGGAGCACCAGAAAAAGAUGCAAAUCACGCAGAAAAAGUUUGUGACAUGGCAUUAGACAUGGUGGAUGCAAUAACCGAUCUAAAAGACCCGUCAACAGGACAACACUUAAGAAUUCGAGUAGGAGUUCAUUCUGGAGCUGUGGUAGCUGGUAUAGUUGGCUUAAAAAUGCCAAGGUAUUGCCUGUUUGGUGAUUCAGUAAAUACUGCUUCCAGAAUGGAAUCUACAAGCUCCGCAAUGAAAAUACAUAUUUCGGAAUCCACCAAAGAUUUAUUGGGACCGAGGUAUAGAGUAAGUGAUCGUGGUGAAAUAGAAGUAAAAGGAAAAGGUACAAUGAAAACAUAUUGGCUAGAUGAAAGAGAAAAUCGUAAAACCCUUCAACUAGAACCAGCUGUUCUUAAUCCGAUGAACAGUUUUGCAAGUAAACACCAAAAUUGUACAAUUGCAUUAUCCGAUCGACGAGUAAGUCUUGGUCAAACUAGCUGUGCUCAUCUUGCAUCAAGUCCAAUAAAUAGUAAUCCCACAUUGGAGGAACGCCCUCAUUAUUCACCAGUUACAUUUAAAGAUGUUGAGCGAAGUAUUGCCAAUUCUCCCGUAAGAAGCUUAUUUAGUAACGAAAAAGGAAGAGAAUCGCGAUCAAAUUCAACAGGGCAUGUUUUCAUGAGAUCACCUAGUGAUGUAUUUGGUUCUCUAAUAAGUGAUACAGAGGAAUUCUUAGAAGAUAUUUGCAAGUCUUCCACACAACACCGGAACUCUUUAGUGAACAACGUUUAUAAUACAUCAUCGCCUAGUUCAUCAGCAUGUUUUAGUCCGAUUCCGCCGUUUAGAAUUGGAACUGCCCCAUCCAAACCAAGAUCAAGCAACCCGGAUCAAUUAAUUGAAGGAGAACUCACCUCGAUGGACCAACCAACUCCCACAACAGCUCCAUCAAUACAAACGAGUAGUUCAUCAGCUCCAUCAUACAAUACAAAUAAAUCAAGAUUUCUAAAUUUCAGAAAUAAAAACAUAUCCUACAAAAAUACUAGUUGCAAAAGCAAGGAAGAAAAAAGUUCCAGCUUAAGUAUAAGCAAUUCGAAAGCAGCGCGGAAAGCAAUGAUGGCGGCCAAACAGUCCAAAGCAAUUGAGAAACUUGACAAAAUGGUCGAAGAAGUUUUGGAGACAGAUCUUCCCCAAUUUUGUCCUUUCAGUUUGCCACCUUUACCAAACUCAUUAUCAGAAUCUGGCAUAUGCAGCCAUGGUAGACACACACACGGCCAUUCAGUGAAACCAUGUCACCAUGAAUCAAAAAUGUCUACUAGCCAAAGCUUUAGUCACUCACGAGACCACCAAUGCUGUUCUGGUUUCAGCCAACAUGCUAACGGGCGACACAACCGUGUUCAUUCUAAUGCCUGUGAAAUCCUUUAAUUAUCAAACCAUGCGAAUGUCCUGACUAGCCAAAAUUGCAAGGAAUAUGUAAAAAAGAUAUAAAUGGUCAUUAUCAAAAAUUUUUAGUAAAUUUUACCUCUUUAAACGACAAUACACAUCUAAUGCGAACAGAAACAUUGCCUAACGAAAAAUUACAUAAUUCAAUUUGGUUUGAAAUACAUAUGCUUAAAUUCAUCGCAUUUAGAUAGACAUAAUUUUAAGUUUAUGUUUAGAAUUAAUAAGGAAAUAAGAUUGAAAAAUACUCUGUUAGUAAUCUCGGUUAAGUAUUCUACUUAGGUGCUUUAAUAAAAUGUAGACUCCACGAAGCUUCAAAAGAAAAUAUAAUUAAUAUCAUCACAUAUGUGUGUGUUUGUCAAAAUUUUAUGAUUUAGCUGUUUAUAUACCGAUGAGAUUCGAUGCACAAUAAUCAUAGUAUAUUGUCGGCUUAGAGUGACAUAAGUAGUCACUCCAUUUGUGAUUUUUUUUUACAAAGUACUUCAACAAAUUGUAAUAUUUAAAUAUAUUCAAUUUUAUUGAAAAUAUUCUAAAUUAUACUUCCUUUUAACAAAAUUCAAAUAAAUACAUCAAAUCGAUUUGAUAGUUUUCUAUAAGCACUUUUAUAUAAAAUAUUAUAUGUACGUAGAAUUAAUUGACUUAGUCGGUUUUCAACCUAAGCCGACGAUAUAUGGUUAGGCAUAAAUAAUAAAAGAAACUUUUCCAAUUGCAAAUUCAGUUGAUCU